AUGGUUCCAUCUGGUAAUGAUGAACUUUUCUUGGUAGAGAGAAUCAUCAUUCGUAAUGGUGUGUUGUGUUUUAGUAAGUUGGCAUGUAGAGUGAGUAAGCUAGAUGAGAAAGCUGGUGAGUGGGUCGUGGUCACCGAUUUGGAAGAGCGUGUGUUCUUUAUUGGACAGCCUGGAAAUAGCUCCUGCUCUGCUAAGGAGCUUCCUGAUGGUUGUGAUACAGGAAACCCUGAAGAUGAUCUCAGCUUUUGGAGAUCAUCAAGAGAGACUUGUGUGACGAUCCUCAACAAAUCUCCAAUGAUGGCUCAUAUGUGGGUUGAUGCUAAGCCGUAA